CUGUACAAUAACAUAGGCUGCCGGCUGUUUUAACUCGGAAGCUGCCGCAAGAGGAGCAUGUUAAAGCAAUGUAAUAAUAAUACCCCCAGGGGAAAUUGGGGGUUGUAAGAAACAGCCUAUAUACAAUGACGUAGGCUGCUGGCUGUUUUAAUUCUGAAGCUGCCGCAAGAGGAGCAUGAUGAAGCAAGAUGACCGACAGUGACCCAUAGAUUGUAUAAAGACAGUGACCUCAGUCAAACGUCCUAGCAGUUGUUGUCCCAUUAUCCUCAUCGACCAAAAAUCAUAUUUUUUUUAUCGUCGUAAUAGAUCUUUACCAAAUAGCCUGACAUUCUUUUGAAGAAACAUCGCCGAGGAAAGCGGACUGAUUUCGCCUUUCUGAGACUGCCCGCUAGUGCUUUCCCUGCGCAAAAAAAAAAAAAAAAAAUGGAUAAUGGCAAAGCAUCGGAUCAGAAAAGAACAGGCGCUUGCCAAGAGAAUGGUUUGACAAAUGGAUUCAAGCCUACACAAACUGACAACGGGAGCUGCAAUGUUUUAGGUUCAAACGGAACCAGUAGCUGUGGUAGUGGAGGGUGUAGUAGUAGUGCUGGUGGUUGUAGCCAUAAUGGAAUUGAAAAUGUCCACCAUCUUCAGGAGGAUGCCCAUAAUAAUGGGUCGCCUCCAAAGCGGUGCAGACUCAGGAGAAGGAUGGAUUCUGGCAAAAAGAACCGACCGCCCUUCCCCUGGUUUGGGAUGGACAUCGGCGGCACCCUGGUGAAGCUGGUUUACUUUGAGCCUAAGGACAUCACAGCAGAGGAGGAGCAGGAGGAGGUGGAGAGCCUGAAGAGCAUCCGCCACUACCUGACCUCCAAUGUGGCCUACGGCGACACAGGCAUCCGCGAUGUCCACCUAGAGCUGAAAAACCUGACCAUGUGCGGCCGGAAGGGCAACCUGCACUUCAUCCGCUUCCCCACCCAAGACAUGCUGGGCUUCAUCCAGAUGGGCAGAGACAAGAACUUCUCCAGCCUGCACACCACACUCUGUGCCACCGGCGGAGGGGCGUACAAGUUUGAGGAUGACUUUAGGACGAUCGCCAACCUAGAGCUACAGAAGCUAGAUGAACUGGACUGUCUUAUCCAUGGUCUUCUCUAUGUGGACUCAGUGGGGUUCAAUGGCCAUCCAAAGUGCUACUUUUUCGAGAACCCCUCUGAUCCCGAGAGUGAGAACUGUGUCAAGAGAGCAUGUUGCCUUGACAACCCCUUCCCCAUGUUGUUGGUAAACAUUGGCUCAGGGGUCAGCAUCCUGGCAGUCUAUUCGAAGGACAACUACAAACGGGUCACAGGCACCAGUUUAGGAGGUGGUACUUUCCUAGGCCUGUGCUGCUUGCUGACUGGCUGCGAGACUUUCGAGGAGGCCCUGGAAAUGGCAGCGAAGGGGGACAGCAGCAACGUGGACAAACUGGUGAAGGACAUCUACGGAGGAGACUAUGAACGCUUCGGCCUCCAGGGGUCUGCAGUUGCAUCUAGUUUUGGUCAUAUGAUGAGCAAGGAGAAGCGUGUCAGCAUCAGUAAGGAGGACCUAGCCCGAGCCACUCUCGUCACCAUCACCAACAACAUUGGUUCUAUUGCUCGUAUGUGUGCGGUGAAUGAGAAAAUUGAAAGAGUGGUGUUUGUUGGGAAUUUCCUGAGAAUCAAUACUGUGUCAACGAAGCUGCUUGCGUACGCCAUGGACUUUUGGUCCAAAGGACAAUUAAAAGCUCUCUUCUUAGAGCAUGAGGGUUAUUUCGGGGCCGUCGGUGCCUUCCUGGAACUAUUGAGGAUAACAGAUGACCUUUGAGACAGAGACAGACGAAACCCUAACUCUCACCACAAGACACUGCUACUCUACGGUUGCGGAAAAGCUACUGACCGGAUGAAAUGGGGAAAACACAUUUGAAUAAUUUAACUGUUUUAAGAGGUUCUACUAAUUAUCCUCCUCCUCGUCUGCUGAUGUUUUAGAAAAUUGAUUUUUAAUAUUAUGAAUGCAGGCUGGAGGAGAUGAGGUUGGUGUUUUAUUUGCCACUGAAAAGCAAACCUGGGUACUUAUUGUUUAUAAAAACCCUAACUGUAUAUUGAAUGUGUGAUUAAGCCAAAUGCUACUGAUCCCUGAUCCUUCAUGUGUUUUUGCUUUUGUUAACUUUUUUUGUGAUCCCCCCCAAAAAAGAUCUUAUUGUCCCUUAUUUGUUUAAUUUAAAUUGUAUAAAGUACUUACAAGAUGUAAGUAGAUACAUUGAUCUUUAACCUAUAGCAUUAGCUUACAACUAGCUUUUGCACUUUUUUCUAAUCAAUCGUCCGAUCCCAAUGUUCUGUGAUAUGAUUUGAGAUAUAAUCAAAUAUAUUACCCUACCGAAUAUGUGAAUCGUAAGCAGUUACUCUUAUCAACCCAUUCUGUCAACCCAUCAUCUGUGGAUUUGCCAAUUUGUGGAAUAUGGACCAUUAAGCAAUAGCUAAAUUUGACUGAUAAUGUUGCGGGUUGAUUUUGCGUAAUAAUACGCUGCAAUACCUUACAACAUUUUACAUAAUGGAUCUAUUUUUAUCAGUGGCAGUAGAAUGACCAGUGCCCAAAAUCCUACCUCUGUAUUCAUUUGAAUCCAGUAUUAUGUAUAUUCUUUCCUGUCCCAUGCCUUAUAAUUCCAUUGCUGUUUUACUGAAACAGCUAACUUUGGAACCAAGCCUUCAGUACUAAAUUAUCCUUAGAAACCUCACAAAAUAGACCCUGUCUGUGACUCCACUUUCCAGGGGAGUUGGGAUAUGCAGAAAAACAGAUUUUCAAUUCACACAUGCGUAUUAAUACACACGUGUACGUGUGUGAAAUAGGACAAAUAUAAGCACCCACCUAAUUAUUAUUAUUAAGUACAUGUUCCUCAGCAAAGCCAAAUCACUGACUCACUAAGCAGUGCUACGCAAAGUGUCCAUUGUGAGUCAUGAGAAACCUCUAUGUGAAGAGACUUUAAAAAUAUUUACUUACUACAGAUGUUUUCAUUGUCAUCAAAGAUGGGGACCAUUUAUGCCUGCCUUCCUACCUGUAAUAAUCAGCAUGUGCUUUAUGAUAGUAAUUUCAUAUUUGUUUUGGAUGUACUGUGUUGAGUACUCUAGUCGAAAGGAGAUUUGACUCUCCUACUGGAUCUCUUGGUUAAAUUUCAUGACAUUUCAUGAUGGCAUUUUGGUUUCAAGUGAAACUGCAUAGCUGGCCUGUGAACCGCUGUGAGCUGCAUAUCCUUCUGCCUUCCUGCCCACUUCAGAGGGAACCCCCCUCCCCUGCAUUUUUUUUUAGAUGCAUGCCAGCAAAGGCACUACACUACACAACACAACACUAAACAAUACAUUAAUUGCACUAUAACGGUGACAAGCGGUGCCCACAAACUGUUAGGGCCUACAUAAAGCUGUCCCAACAACAGAGCUUUCUUUUCAGCACCAUGGAUUGAAUCCUUUCCACCGCUAUACCUGGCUAUCAGCGGAGCCUUGUCUGGCAGCGAAACAGUUCAUUCAGCCUGGUUUACUGCCUUUUAAAAAAAGCAUAGCUGAUAUGUCUGACCAUAUCUCCCUGGCAUAUUACGUCAUUUAUGCAGCAGCAUUUAAGACAUUUUUGGACUCACCUUGUUCUGUGCGGCGGUCGUAUGUCGGCAAAUUUUGUCAUCAAAGAAAAAGAUUUACAAUUCCGAGUUGGAUGACUGUUCAAAACGUAUCUUCCCAGUCUGACUUCCCAGUUGCAAUGCUUGCGGUUAGCCACUGUCACUGAUUCCUUCCAAACAACUCACUGUUGAAUUUGCGAUUUCCAAGUUGUUGUGUAAUGUUUAUGUCUAAGUACCGAUACAUUUUAUCUUUAGUUCAUCUUCAUUAUUUCUCUUCAUGUGACAAGGAUUAAAAAGGAUUUGCCAGUUGAUUUAUGAUGAUGACUGCUAGCUAAGAUUUUGAAAGUAAGAUGUUGACAUGAUCAGUCCAAUCAAAGCUACUGUACAUAUAACGUGAUUUGACGUCAUUUUAUCUGUGGUCAUUGACGUUGCGCCUUCUUGGAAGGGCACUUCUAAUGUAACUCUAUGGCAGCACCCAAAGGGCUCACAUUCUUGAUGUCUACCCUUGCUAAAGGCUAGUAACGUAGUGUCCCCAUGAGUGACAGAACACUGAGCCAAUCACGGUGCAAUGCUCCUAUUUUCUGCUGGCCUGCCCAACCACCACAGAAAGCACUGAGCUAGGCUGAAACACCUGCAUUUUGGAGCUGCCUGUUUGUAUGCGGCUUUAAUAACUCAAUGAUAUAUAUAUUUUUUGCAUUGUUUGCAAACUGAUAUGUGACAUGUAUUAAUGUCAAAAUAACGUGCAAAACAGGCAACCCCAACGCAACCCCCCCCCAAAAAAAUACAUCUGCCCCACCUACCAUGAUUUUGAUCAAUAGUAGUGCACUAUAUAAGGAAUAGGAUGCCAUCUUGGACUCAUCCCCAAACUGACUUCCCUAACAUCAUACUUUUUUUAAAAUCCCAAUUUAACCUGGUGGAGUUUUCAGCUAUACGUUAGGACAGAUUUUCAAAUGUGCUUUAUGAAUUGAAUUACUGCAUACAUGUCAUGGCGAAUAAUAUAUGUAACUCUGAACCUGAUUGAACUGGAUUACAGAGCUGGGUCUUGCUAUAGAUUCAGUUUUGCUUGUGGUCAUUAAAACUGUUCUCUAACCUGA